AAUUUACUGUUAGUGCAUAUUAGGGGUCCACAAAUUACGGGGUUUAAUUGCGCACACAAAUUGACAAAUUGUCUGCAGGGGAUAAGGAAUAACUUCCUGACAUAAUUCUAGAUCCGAUGACACUUUCUUUAAAAGUGGUAUAAGCUAAAAGUUGUUAUUAAGACAAUCUUACUCACUAGUUGUUAAUUGCUAUUAUUAAUUAUUAGUUAUUAGUUUUGAUAUAUACCGAUACAACAAAUUGUUUUGAGGUUCCGAAAUAUACGAAGAGAUAUAGGUUAUGGCUGCGAUGAGUGAAAGCACCCCGCUAAUUGAUACUUCGGUCAAAGAAUUCAAUAACCAACCAAAAAUACAAUUCAGACGUCGUACUACCCUCUUUAAAUCCAUAAUUGUACCAUUAGUGAUUUUAAUAAUUUUAACUGUGUAUACUACAGCCAAUUUAAUAAAGGUUGAUUUUUCUGAACAUGAAAUAAGGGGUGAAGAUGGGGUAUCAUUGAAGUUACCCCAUUUCCUCUCAAGACCAUUAUCAGUGAGAAUAUAUACUAAUAAUAUCAGAUUUGACAAUGUCAAUUAUCCCGAUAAAGGUGAAAAGCUGUGGACUCGUGAUCGUAAAAAGCAAGUUGUUAAUUCCAUUGAUUUCCAUACUGGUAGUUUAGGUCAUGCUAAUGUGGUGUGCUUACAGGAAGUCUUGUAUCACCAAUUACAGGAUGUAUUGGAAGGAUUAAAUACAAAUGCUGAUAAUGAAUAUCAAAAGUGGAGCUUUUAUGGCAUUGGCCGAGAUGAUGGUGAAAAAGCUGGAGAGUUCUCUCCAAUAUUCUAUAAACGUAAGGAUUGGACUUUAUUGGAAAAUGAAACUUACUGGUUAAGUGAAACUCCUUCGACACCAAGUAAAGGUUGGGAUGCUGUUUUACCCAGAAUUGUUACCCAGGUGACCUUACAAUCAAAAAUUAACCCAUUAGUGAAAAUUAAUGUUUUCAAUACACAUUUCGACCAUAAGGGUAGAUUGGCUAGGAAGAAGUCUGCCCAGUUAAUUGUUGAUAAGAUGGAGAAUUACAAUGAUUAUCCUUCAUUCUUAUGUGGUGAUUUUAAUACGGAACCUUCUGACCAACCAUAUAAAGUGUUGCUGGGCGCAGGAUUUAAAGAUAGUAGAUUACUGGUGGCUAGAGAUUUCGCAUAUGGCGAGGAAUCAACAUUUACUGGAUUCGAUAAAGAGAAUGAAAUAACCAAUUCAAUCAUUGACUAUGUCUGGUCUCCAUAUUAUACAAAAUCUAUCGAUGACGAUGAAGAUGAAGAAGAAGGUGAUAAUGUGUUUAUUGGCCUUUCAAAUUAUUUCAAUUCCGAGCAACAUAAACAUUAUAAAAUUAUUAUAAAGCAAUUUGGCAUUUUGCAUAACUUCUUCAAGGGUUUUUACUUUUCUGACCAUAGACCUGUGGUUGCAACAUAUGAGAUUUCAAGGACGAGUUUGUUUGCUGAAGAGGAAAAUUUAAGAUUAUCAUAAUUAUUGCUUAGAUACAUUGAGUUUGAUUUGUUUUACUUGUUAUAGUUUCGUCAAUUAUUAUUUAUUCAUUCCUAUAGUGGGUAGAGGGGUUUCGUAUAGUUUAAUGUAAAAGUUUGUAAAAUUUCACUGCAAUUGUUCCUGAAAAGUAACAUUGCCCGUAAAAGAGGAGAAGUAUAGGCUUUAGUGUUCUAAUAAAGUAACCCUUUCCUAUUGCAGCAAUAACGCAACUCUCAU